AUGCGUACACAUACCAAAGAGAAACCAUACCAGUGUACAAUUUGUGCAAAAAGGUUCUCCGAAAAAACUGGCUUGAAUAGGCAUAUGCGGUCACACACAAAAGAGAAGCCUUACCAGUGUGCAGUAUGUUCGAAAAUUUUCUCCUGUUCCAAUCAUUUGAAUAGACAUAUGCGCAUACACACCAAGGCUUACCAGUGUAAAAUCUGUAAAAAAAUGUAUUCUGGAUUUUAUUAUUUUAAAAGGCAUAUGCACACUCACACAAACAAUGACAAGCCUCACCAGUGUACCGUUUGUAUCAAACGGUAUUUCUUUCCUUAUGAUUUGAAAAUUCAUAUGCUUUCUCACAGCAAAGAAAAGCCUUACAAGUGUACACUAUGUUCAAAGAAGUUCGCUCGAUCCUGUUACUUGAAUUGUCAUAUGAUUACUCACACCAAAGAGAAGUCUUUCCAGUGUACAGUAUGUAAAAAACGGUUCUCGAGCCAUUGUGAUUUGAUUAGGCAUAUGCGUACACAUACCAAAGAGAAACCAUACCAGUGUACAAUUUGUGCAAAAAGGUUCUCCGAAAAAACUGGCUUGAAUAGGCAUAUGCGUACACACACAAAAGAGAAGCCUUACCAGUGUGCAGUAUGUUCAAGAAGAUUCUCUCUGUCUAGUAACUUGACUGCACAUUUGCGUACUCACACCAAAGAAAAGCCUUUUCAGUGUACAUUGUGCACCAAAAGCUUCUCUAGGUCGUGUGAUUUAAAUAGCCAUAUGCUUACUCACACUGGAGAGAAAUGCCAUCAAUGUACAGUAUGUACAAGAAAAUUCGUCAGGCCUAAUUGUUUGCGUAGGCACUCAGUUUAGAUUAUGUUGUUUUUCCUAUUGCAACACAUCAUGAGUGUUAUUAAUGCAGUUAGUUUUUGGAAUAAUUCUUGUACAAUUUAUUCGCCCUUUUUUUAACACAUUAAAUUUGUCUACUUCUUUUAAAUUUUGAUAGCUUUUGAUUUUAUUUGAUUGUAUUAACAUGUCAUGCUGUUAUACCUUUAAAUUCAAUUUACUACUAGUAUGUGUGUACCCAAGCUGGAGAACUCGCUCAAAAUUCCGCUCAUAUAUUAUGUCAGUUGUUCUAUUAAAAUCUCCGGGAAUAGAUUUACAAUCAAAUCAAGUUUUAUUCUAUGUCAACAUCUACAUAACAAAUUCCGUUACACAAAUUAUAUUACAGAUCAUUGUAUACAAUACUGUUUGCUUAAGAAAAUUCUUGUCUGCAAUUGAAUCGCUAAUUGCAGAAAGGAAACAUGUCCAACUUUUUCAAAAAUUGUUUUUUUUUUCAAAAAAUCAACUAUUUAAUGUAAGAUACAUUGUUUACUAUCGGAAGAAUACAUUUCCAACUGAAAGCAUAGUAAUGACGACGUUUUGAAUAUAUAGUUUACUACAGGUUUAUGUUCAGGUUUAAAUAAGUUUUUUGUCUUUCCUGUAAAAUUAUGAAAACUGGACAUGUUGCCUUUCUGCAAUUAGUGAUUUAAUUAUAUUUCAAUGAUUUUUGAUUACAUGAUUUUCCUCCGUAGUUUUUUAUUUUAUCAAUAGCAUACACAUAAUUUAAGUCUACAUGAUUCAAAUAGAAUCCAAAUUCAAAAAUUUGUUUAUUCAAUAAGAACCCAAAAAGGGGAUGCUUAUUAUGUUGUUCUAAAUAGGUACCGUAAAUCUAAAACGGUAGUGUUACAAGUUUUUACACUUGAAAGUUUAGUUUAUGUUUAUUCAAAUUAUCUUGAAAUUAAUUAUUGGAAUGUCAGUAAAACACAUAAAAUUAGCAGUUAUGGGUUUUCGGAAAAGCUGGAAAUAUCGGAACCGUACCACUUGGGCUACACAGAACAGUCAAUUCUGAGUGGUACACAACCAUUCUUUUGCCAGCUGUUUUCAAAUAAAUCAGGAAAACCAACCGAUAAAGACUGAUCACUCUUCACCAAUCCGAGAUCUCUCACACAUUAGCUCAAACAACUGCAUUUUUGAAGUAAUCUUUGGACUAAUAAUGCAUUGAAACGAAAUUUUGCAUGUGCACCGGAAGAACUACUGAAAGAAAAAUGCCCCCUUCAAAGUCUUAGAACUCUACGAAUGAAACUGCAAACAAUAAACUUUUUAACAAUGGUUAUUUUAAUUUGUUUGGUAAGGUUUAUUUUAGUAAUUUACCAAGUAGGGAGGAUUUUUUUUUGUUUUUGCGCAAGUAAACACGAUUUCGUUGUAUCUUUGAUAUAGUCUAUGAUUGAUAUUUUGCACAUUUAUUGUUCCCCAUUGUUGAAUGUUAUUAAAGUCAAUUUUUCUGAUGUAUAUUUGUUGGGUUUUUUUACAUCAUGCUACGGUAUUAUAUUUAUAUGGUUCUGAGCUUCCAAUUGUCUAUAAACCCAUUCAUCAUUUUGCACCUUGUUUAAAUUAAUAAAAUAUUGACUUUAAAGUCCUA